CUAGCAAACUCCACUAUAUAACCCCUCACUUCUCUUUUGUCACCUAUUCUCAUUUCCAAAACCCUAACCGUUUCCCUUUCAUUUCUUCUUCUUCUUCCUCCUUUGAACUCCUUCUCGUAGAUCGAAAAUGGCGGAGACCGAGACGUUUGCGUUUCAGGCUGAGAUCAACCAGCUUCUCAGUCUCAUCAUCAAUACCUUCUACUCCAACAAGGAGAUCUUCCUUCGUGAACUCAUCAGUAACGCCUCCGAUGCUUUGGACAAGAUUAGAUUUGAGGGUUUGACAGACAAGAGCAAGCUCGAUGCUCAGCCAGAGUUGUUUAUUCAUAUUAUUCCUGACAAAACCAACAACACUCUGUCCAUUGUUGACAGUGGUAUUGGGAUGACCAAGGCUGAUUUGGUGAACAACCUUGGUACAAUUGCAAGGUCUGGUACCAAGGAAUUUAUGGAAGCCUUGGCUGCUGGUGCUGAUGUUAGCAUGAUUGGACAAUUUGGUGUUGGUUUCUACUCUGCAUACCUUGUUGCGGAGAAGGUUAUUGUUACCGCCAAGCACAAUGAUGAUGAGCAGUAUGUGUGGGAGUCUCAAGCUGGUGGUUCAUUCACUGUCACAAGGGACACAUCCGGUGAGAAUCUUGGCAGGGGUACUAAGAUAACUCUCCACCUUAAGGAGGAUCAGCUUGAGUACCUUGAGGAGCGCCGCUUGAAGGACUUGAUUAAGAAGCAUUCCGAGUUCAUUAGCUACCCAAUUUCUCUUUGGGUUGAGAAGACUACUGAGAAGGAGAUUUCUGAUGACGAGGACGAGGAGGAAAAGAAGGAGGAAGAAAAGAAGGAUGAUGAGGAGGGUAAGGUAGAGGAUGUUGACGAAGAGAAGGAGAAAGAGGAAAAAAAGAAAAAGAAGAUUAAGGAGGUGUCUCAUGAAUGGUCCUUGGUGAACAAACAGAAGCCCAUUUGGAUGAGGAAGCCUGAGGAGAUCACUAAAGAGGAAUAUGCUGCUUUCUACAAGAGUCUCACUAAUGACUGGGAAGAGCAUUUGGCUGUCAAGCACUUCUCAGUUGAGGGUCAAUUGGAGUUCAAGGCCAUUCUCUUUGUACCAAAGAGGGCACCUUUUGAUCUCUUCGACACAAGGAAGAAGCCCAACAACAUCAAGCUCUAUGUUCGCCGUGUCUUCAUCAUGGACAACUGUGAGGAGUUGAUCCCCGAAUACCUCGGCUUUGUCAAGGGUAUUGUGGACUCUGAGGAUCUUCCACUCAACAUUUCAAGAGAAAUGUUGCAACAAAACAAGAUCCUGAAGGUCAUCCGUAAGAACUUGGUCAAGAAGUGCAUUGAGCUCUUCUUCGAAAUCGCUGAGAACAAGGAGGACUACAACAAGUUCUACGAGGCUUUCUCUAAGAACUUGAAGCUUGGAAUCCAUGAGGACUCUCAAAGCAAGGGGAAAAUCGCUGAAUUGCUUAGGUACCACUCCACCAAGAGCGGUGACGAGUUGACCAGCCUCAAGGACUACGUUACCAGAAUGAAGGAAGGCCAGAGUGACAUCUACUACAUCACCGGUGAAAGCAAGAAAGCCGUUGAGAACUCUCCCUUCUUGGAGAAGCUGAAGAAGAAGGGCUACGAGGUUCUUUUCAUGGUUGACGCCAUUGAUGAAUAUGCAGUAGGUCAGCUGAAGGAAUUCGAGGGCAAGAAACUGGUAUCCGCCACCAAGGAAGGUCUCAAGCUGGAUGAAAGCGAGGAUGAGAAGAAGAAGAAGGAAGAGUUGAAGGAGAAGUUCGACAACCUGUGCAAGGUGAUCAAGGAUGUUCUGGGCGACAAGGUGGAGAAGGUAGUUGUGUCCGACCGUGUGGUGGACUCACCAUGCUGUCUUGUCACCGGGGAGUAUGGGUGGACUGCGAACAUGGAGAGGAUCAUGAAAGCUCAGGCACUGAGGGACAACAGCAUGGCAGGGUACAUGUCGAGCAAGAAGACAAUGGAGAUCAACCCAGAGAACCCUAUAAUGGAGGAGCUGAGGAAGCGUGCUGAUGCUGACAAGAACGACAAGUCUGUGAAGGAUCUUGUUCUGUUGCUGUUUGAGACUGCUCUGCUGACAUCUGGAUUCAGCCUUGACGACCCGAACACCUUUGGGAACAGGAUCCACAGGAUGUUGAAGCUUGGACUGAGCAUCGACGAGGAUGCUGGUGAGGCUGAUGCUGACAUGCCACCACUGGAGGAGGCUGAUGCUGAUGCAGAUGCUGAGGGAAGCAAGAUGGAGGAGGUUGACUAAACUUCAUCUUCAUGCCUUUUUAUUUUGUUAGUACCAACUAUUUAUAAUGCCGAGAAGCUUUUUACUUUUUUGCCUGUUUUUUUUUUCUUUUUUGGAUUGUUGACACUGUUUAAUGCAUAUUUUAGCUAAUUAGCUAUAAUUUCCUGGAUUUUAUUUCGGGUUUUA